GUUCACAUUCCACCUCAUCUGGGAACAUCUGCCAAGCAAGAAGUCAAGAAACCCGCCCACGAUCAAGCACACAAGGACAGGAGAUGCAGCUCCUACCUCAAGAGGCACAGGUCGGUGGACAUCAAAUUCCUCAACUUGUCGUAUUUCGUCAAGGAUGCACCCAGCACCAAAGGAAAGAAAGCCAUUUUGAAGAACAUCUCUGGCAAGUUUGUGUCCGGAGAACUGACAGCCAUCAUGGGUCCCUCUGGUGCUGGCAAGUCUUCGCUGAUGAACAUUCUGGCUGGAUACAGAACAAGAAACGUAACAGGAUCCAUUCUGGUGCAGAAUUCUGAAAGAGACCUGAGGACAUUCCGUAAAAUGUCCUGCUACAUCAUGCAGGACGAUGAACUGUUGCCUCAUCUGACGGUGGAGGAGGCCAUGAUGUGUUCAGCAAACCUCAAGCUGGAUGAGAAUCUGACACCACAAGAGAAACAGGAGAUGGUGGAUGAGAUUCUGGACACACUGAGUCUGAAUGAAGCUAAGAAAACCAGAGCCUCCAAUCUGUCAGGAGGUCAGCGCAGACGGUUGUCCAUAGCCUUGGAGCUGGUCAACAACCCACCUGUCAUGUUUUUUGAUGAGCCAACCAGUGGUCUGGACAGUGUCUCAUGUUUCCAGUGUGUGUCGUUGCUGAAAAAGUUGGCCGAAGGUGGGAGAACAAUUAUCUGUACCAUACACCAGCCCAGUGCUAAACUGUUUGAGAUGUUUGAUCAUCUGUACCUACUGGUAGAGGGCCAAUGUAUUUACCGUGGCAACAUUGGAGCUCUGCUGCCCUACUUUGGCAGUCAAGGUCUGGUGUGUCCCAACUAUCACAACCCAGCAGAUUAUGUGAUGGAGGUAGCAGCAGGCGAGUACGGAGAAGACAAAAUUCCAUUUCUGAUCCAAGCUCUCAACGAUGGAAAAUGUGAACCAUUUCAG